GUUUGAGCGGCCAGCAUGUUUUGUGAGUGAUUUUUGUGUUUGUCUGUGUUUGGUGCUUUUGAUCGAUAUUUGCUUUUUGGCAACUUAAAAAAAUGGAUCGACGACAAACACGAUCAUCAUCGGGUAUCAAAAUGAAACAAGGAAGAAAUAAAAAGAAAAAAAUUGAACUUUGUUUCGAUGAAUUUGAUCGUCAACAAUAUUUAACCGGUGUACAUGGACGUAAAAAACAACGUAAACAACGUGCUAAAGAACAAUUAGAUCGUGAUUUAAAAAUUGAAUUAAAACGUUUAAAAGAAAAGAAAAAAAAAGAAUUGUCAGAUAGGAUGGAAGAAAUGCGUCAAGCAACUGCUCCUACUGUUGAUGAUGAUGAUGAGGAUAAUGAUGGUGAUGGUAAUGGCGAUGGUCAAUCAUCCACUCAAGAUAAAUCGAAUACCAUCAAAUACGAACUGGAUGAACAAACGGUCGAAAUAAAAGCCAUCGAUCUGGUAGCCAUUCCAUCUAAUAUUUCUUCCAAUAUUGAAACAGUCGCUGUUGUUGGUGGUGGUGGUGGUGGAAAAGAAACGAAGCAUAAGAAAAUUCAUAAACGUCAUAGAAAAUUGCGUUGAAUUGCAUCCAUACAGUGUGAUGUGAACCCAUCAAUUCGUAUUGUGUAUGGUGAUGGUGAUCAUCAUCAUCAUUCAGAAUGUCAACUAACCAGAAUAUAAACCUCGAUAUCAUUCG